GGCCUAUUCAGUGUGUCUCAAAGCGUCGUCGUCGUCGGUGAUCGCGCGGUUGUUGUCGUUGCGCUCUAACGGUUUUUGCAGGCGCUCAUUCUACGCAUUUCAGUUAAAUACACCUCACCUCCUCUUAAAUAUCAACGCGCUAAUAAUAAAUAAAAACAAAAAUUGCCAAAAUUGAAACCAACUACGAAUUAAGCCACAAGCAACACACAACAAACAUGUAUGUGCCAUCAUAGGAGAACAGUGAACAUAUGUUUUGGAGCAGUAUCAUAGCCAAUAAGUAAAGCCCGGAACUAGCAAUAUAAUAUAUAUAUAUAUAAAUAUAUAUAUAUGAACUAUAGACAAAUGAUAUACACACAUAUUUUAGAGAGCAGCGCAUAGAAUUAAAGACCUCACCGUUUUGUGCACUUCAUAUAAACUAUAUAAAGCAACACACACACACACCCACACAUUUCUACACACACACACACCCACACAUACACACAAUGGGCAAGGACUACUAUAAGACUUUAGGCAUAACAAAAACUGCCACCGAUGAUGAGAUCAAAAAGGCCUACAGAAAACUGGCGUUACGUUAUCAUCCCGAUAAAAAUAAAGCCGCCAAUGCUGAGGAGAAGUUCAAAGAGGUUGCCGAGGCAUACGAAGUGCUCUCCGAUAAAAGCAAACGCGAGAUCUAUGACAAAUAUGGCGAGGAUGGACUGAAGAGUGGAGGCGCUCGUAAUGGCGGCGGUGGAGGCAAAAAUUCAUUUACAUAUCAGUUCCAUGGCGAUCCGCGGGCCACAUUCACACAGUUCUUUGGCAAUAGUAAUCCCUUCGCCUCGUUCUUCGAUAUGGGCGAUAAUCUGUUUGAUAAGAAUGUCUUCGAUUUGGAUACGGAACCCGAUUUCUUCUCAUCGCCAUUUGGCGGUCUGGGCUCAAGGCAUGGCCUAGGCAGCGCUUUCAGGCCCUCUUUUAGAUCACACUCCUUCAAUGUGCACACCCCCUUCAAAAAGGAGCAGAAACAGGAUCCGCCCGUUGAGCAUGAUCUCUAUGUGACGCUGGAGGAGAUCUACCAUGGCUGUGUUAAGAAAAUGAAAAUCUCACGUCGUGUCGUCCAGCCCGAUGGUAGUUCGAAAAAGGAGGACAAAGUCCUGCAAAUAUCUAUUAAACCCGGCUGGAAAUCGGGCACCAAAGUCACGUUCCAAAAAGAGGGUGACCAGGCGCCCGGCAAAAUACCAGCGGAUAUUGUGUUCAUCAUCAGGGAUAAGCCACAUGCCAUGUUCAAGCGAGAGGGCAGCGAUUUGCGAUAUACGGCGAGGCUGACGCUCAAGCAGGCGCUUUGCGGCGUUGUCUUUCAAGUUCCUACAAUGUCUGGCGACAAACUGCGCAUCAGCACCAUGCAGGAGAUCAUCAAGCCGAACACUGUGAAACGCAUCCAGGGCUACGGACUGCCCUUCCCGAAAGAUACGACACGCAAGGGCGAUCUGCUGGUGGCCUUCGAUAUACAAUUUCCGGAGAAAUUGACUGCCGCGCAAAAGGAAGUGCUCAGAGACAUGUUAUAGAACAUAUUGAAAGAGAUGAAAUGCAGAAGAGAGAAAACGCCGCCUUUAACCACGACACACAAAACACACGACUCACUCACUCACUCAACUCUCCAAGCCAAUAUGCCCCUGUCUCCUGCUCCUCUUCUGCUGCUAGUUAGUCAUACUAAAUCCAAAAUCUUUUAUCUCCAAACUUAUUCACGAUUGAGCAUUGAAUGUGUCAUCAAAAAUUUCAAAAUAAUAAUUUUUAUAAUAAACCAAACAAAUCAAUCCCCACCAUCCGUCGAGCUGCAAUAAUAAUAAUAAUAAUACAUAGCU